AUGGUUUUCACGGAAGCCAAGCAUAGACUCUGUAUGUGGCACAUUAUGAAGAAGGUGCCUUCAAAGGUUAGUGCCGCACUAAAUCACGAUCCUAACUUCAAUAAAGUUAUCAACAAGCUCAUAUGGAACAUACAUAUUGGCCCAAAGGAGUUUGAGACUCGUUGGCAUGAGAUGAUACAUCAAUACAAUCUAGGUGGGGAUACUUGGUUCACAGAGAUGUAUGAAAUCCGACACUCAUGGAUCCCUGCCUAUUAUAAGGACACGCCGAUGUCUGGACUAAUGAAAACAACAUCAAGAUCUGAGAGUUCGAAUUCGUAUAUUAAUAUAUACGAAUCGUACUGGUUUGAUUUGGUUCAAUUCCUUAAUAAUUACGACGUAGCUAUAGAGAAACAAAGAUACAAACAAUCUAUUCACGAAACUGUCACGAGAACGACUAAUCUAAAGUUUGUUACUCCGUUGCGUUUAAAAAGUCAUGCAUCAAGCAUAUACAGUCGAAACGUGUUUUUUGACAUCCAAAAGGAAAUAAAGAAGGCUUUUUGGUUUUGUACUAUUGAGACCGUCGAAUGCCGGGAUGAUUUAACGUCAUUCAUGAUAAGCCACAAGACCAAGAAAUCAUCUGACAAAAUUACGUAUCAGGUGUGCUGUAAUUACUCAACAAACACAGUCGAAUGUGAAUGCAACCUAUUUACGCGUAACGGGUAUCUUUGUCGUCACGCGUUCAAGGUACUGAUAAACAAUGAAGUUGAAUGCAUUCCGGAAAAAUACGUAUUACGUCGUUGGAAACGACAUUUAGUUCCAGUACAGAUACAAUCUACAAGAGUUCUUUAUGGGGAGGUUGAUGCCGAAAAAGAUAAGUGUAUAAUUGAUGUAUAUUCUAAGGUCGACGACAUAAUAAGCAUCGCCCGCAAUGAUAAAUCUAUAUUGGCUAGACUGGGGCGUAACCUCGACAAAUUCAUGGGUGAUAUAGAGAAGGAAGUUCCAUACGAAGACCCAUCCCAACAAAAGUUGGAUGCAAUUAGAGAUCAUCUAGGUGUUUCCAUACCUGAUGAGGUGGACAUUCUACCACCAUCUGGAAUAAGGAACAAGGAUUGUGGCACUGGCAAGAGGCUGCUAAGUGUUUCCGAAAAAAUACAAAAUAACAGUAAAAAAGCAAAACAAAAAUGUGCAACGUGUGGACAACGUAGUGGCCACGACUCACGUAAUUGCCCAGAAUUGAUAGAUUAG